ACACUGCAAGCACUGGGUGCUAAAGAAACUAUUAUAUCUGGUUACGUUUUUAGCCCUGAAAGACGCCUGAUUUACCUGGUUUUUAAAAUGGAUGUUAUGAGGAUUGAGGAAUGGAGCAAAGACGCAGAGGAGUUGAACGAGAAGCAGCACUCCAGAAUAGAGAGGGGGGAGCAGAACGAGUACCCAUCAAGUCUAGCACUAAUGGACAGCAGUGACCCACGCGCCUGGCUGGCUCCGGUGCAGACUGGCACCUGCGCGGCACACGCCGACUACCUGCUGCACUCGCCCAGCUCCAGCAUGGAAGGCGGGUCCCCCGUAUCCGGCCACAGCCCGAACUUUAGAAAGAGUUCCAAAACUCAGCUCAAAGUGCGGGAGUUGUGUCGGCUCAAUGGCUCAGUAAGCGUAGAGGAAGUCCGACAGAGAGCUCCAUCCAAACCCGGCAACGGUGUGCAGAAGCAGAGACGUCAGGCUGCCAAUGCGCGGGAGAGGAGACGGAUGCAUGGACUGAACCAUGCCUUUGACGAGCUGCGCAGUGUCAUCCCGGCUUUCGAUAAUGACAAAAAGCUAUCCAAAUAUGAUACCUUGCAGAUGGCGCAGAUCUACAUCAACGCACUCGCGGACCUGCUGCAGGGUCCGGGUGUUGACUCGCCAAAGUGUGACCUGUUGUCCGCCGCUGAGAGUCCCCGGGGAUCCUCCUCCACCACUUGCCGAAGGGGCACAAGCACGGGACUACCGGUUCAGCUCAACGGUAUCCCCUUCCCCUUCGAAGAUGGAUCGCUCUCUGCUUUGAUGGAGCAGGAGAUGCCCUCUCCGGCGGGGACACCCAUUUCCGGCUCAGAGAGCAGAAAGGGCUCCCCACGGUCGAACCGCAGCGACGGAGAGUUCUCCCCGCAUUCCCAUUACAGCGACUCUGAUGAGAUGCAGAUGGAGCUGCAGAGCGAAGACGAGCUUUCUGAACUCAAACUUCCCAGGCCCAGCCAUCACUCAUUUUGAAACUUCACCAUAGACUUUCCAAACGUGUCAAUCAUAUCUGAUGCUGACAUAACCUAGAUUUUAUAGGAUGAUAGAUUGCUCACCAAGAUCAUGUUGUUUUGUUUGAGAGUUUGAUUUGAAUCAACUGUUAGAUAAAGAUCGUUUUAUGUUAGAUAAUUCUGUUCUGCCAAUAGAAUUGACCGUCUUUUCGGGACAGGGAAAGACCCCUCUGCCAUGUCGACUGUCGCGUGCAUCAUUGCCACUGGCUUUCCAAAUCCACGUCAUGGACAAAAUGCUGUCUUCCAAGAAAUUGCCUGAUAUUUUUAAUGUACAGACCUUUGUAAUUAUAUUUUCAAUGUAUUGCUCGAGAUUAUAAUUUCACUGUUUAUUUGUAAAUGUCCCUUUAUACAUUUUUGAGACUUCUAAAGUUAACAAUGCGCACUUUAAAACACGAGCCAGAGGCUUGAAGCAACAUUACUUUGUUAUUACACCACCUCAACCCUUUUUGGUUGUUUUAUAGGCCUAAUGUACUGCCAAUUUGAUAUUUAAUUUAGCC